AUAUAUAUAUAUAUAUAUAUAUGUAUAGAUAUAGAUAUAUAUAUAUGUGUGUGCGUGUAUAUAUGGCGAAGUAAGCCCGGUUGUCAACACAACCAAAACACAAAAAUAUAUGUGAUCACAGAUCUUAGUCAUCUACAUUCAUCGAUCUAUCGACACAACGGAAUUCUAUUUCAAGAGAUAUCAACGAUUCUUGGAAUAAUUUAACGAUACAUAUAUUUUGAUUACAUCCAUGUAUAUAUAUAUAUGUAUAUAUAUAUAACUAUACAUACAUAUAAAGGAACUCCCGGUGAAUAUUUUAAAAUUAUCAAGAAUUUGUAUAUUCAAUAUAUGCACAUGAAAGAAACAGCACCAGAAGAUACAGCGGUUAAACCAAAAUAGACAAAAAAAAAAGAAGAAGAAAGGGAUAUAGUUUCUAUGCCCCUUUUUUGUUUUUUCCCCCCAAUACUACUUCAGACUAAUUUUUGAAGGAUCUGGACAAAGGCUCUUAUAAUAGAGAGUAAAGGGUAUCUUAUAUUCUGAUUUGAUGAAUCAGGGUUUCAAUUCCUGGUCGGAGCCAAAUAGUUACAUUGUCAACAUCACCAACGUAGUUGCAAAAAGGCUGAGGCAUAAACGUCACAACACAUCAGUCUACCUGGUUCUAGGAGGCAUAAGAUUUACUGCAAACCUUUGACUAUUCUACCGGGACACCUCUUCGGUUAGAAUUUGUUCUCCAAUUGCUACAACAACAACAACAGUAGCAAUAUAAGCGGCAGUAACCAUGGCUACUGCAGUGGAAACAUUGCAGACGCCAACAGACGACAUGGCCAACGGAACCAAUCUUUUUGCUCCUGAUGAUAUGGACACCGAGAUGUCAGCACUGACCUCAAAGAUGGCUCUUGUGAGUCCAACCAGUGAAGAGUAUGAUUCCCUUGCCGAGAUAAUCAAGGCCCGAGUUGAAGAGGGGCAAGGGGAGAACAUCUACGUUAUAGGCAUUGGUGAGGGAGAUAAACCAGGAUUAAAAGAUGAAGAUCUCGAAGCAUCAGUUGCCACUCUACAGAGUAUAGCCCAGUCCCUGGGUUUGGAGUGUGUCUGCCUGCGUGUGAGGCAGGCAGAAAAGGGGAAAGUGUCAGAGUUCCUUCUACGAAAGAAAGUGGCCCAGCAGGAUUUUAUGGAAAUAAGGGUUGCCGUGGUGGGUAAUGUGGACGCCGGCAAGAGCACCCUUCUAGGUGUACUCACCCAUGGAGAACUUGACAACGGGCGUGGCAUUGCACGUCAGAAGCUGUUCCGACACAAACACGAAAUGGUGUCUGGUCGUACAAGCAGUGUUGGAAACGAUAUUUUAGGCUUCGAUGUUGCCGGCAACGUUGUCAAUAAACCCGAACAUGGGAACCUCGAUUGGAUAAAGAUCUGUGAACAGUCCUCAAAGGUGAUCACUUUUAUAGAUUUAGCUGGACAUGAGAAAUAUCUGAAGACCACAGUAUUUGGAAUGACAGGGCAUGCGCCAGACUUUGCUAUGCUCAUGAUUGGUGCCAACGCUGGGGUGGUAGGAAUGACCAAGGAACAUCUCCGACUAGCACUGGCCCUCAAUGUCCCAGUGUUCGUCGUUGUGACCAAGAUUGACAUGUGCCCACCCAACGUGAUGCAGGACACCAUGAAACUGUUACAGCGUAUGCUCAAGUCCUCUGGUUGCCGGAAGAUUCCAGUUUUAGUUCAGAACAAAGACAAUGUUGUUUGUACAGCCACCAACUUCACAUCUGAGAGAAUGUGUCCAAUAUUCCAAGUUUCUAAUGUGACUGGUGAAAACCUUGGCUUACUCAAGAUGUUUCUAAACCUGUUGUCCACACGACACAAAUACGAUGUGACGCAGCCAGCUGAAUUUCAAAUUGAUGAUACGUUCUCUGUACCUGGAGUUGGCACUGUUGUAUCUGGUACCUUACUGAGGGGACUCAUCAAACUCAAUGACACCAUCCUGUUGGGGCCAGAUUCCCUCGGACAGUUCCAGAGUAUUGUCAUCAAAAGUAUACAUCGCAAGCGCAUGCCGGUCAAAGAGGUCCGAGGUGGUCAGACAGCAUCGUUUGCCCUAAAGAAGAUUAAAAGGUCUUCUAUACGUAAAGGUAUGGUUAUGGUGUCACCAAAACGUGAACCAAAAGCAUGCUGGGAGUUUCAAGGUGAAAUUCUUGUCUUGCACCACCCUACCACAAUCAGCGUCAGAUACCAGGCCAUGGUCCAUGUUGGCAGUGUACGCCAGACAGCAUCUAUAAUCUCCAUGUCUCAGGAAACGCUGCGCACGGGUGACAAGGCCCUCGUUCGGUUCCGCUUCAUAAAGAACCCCGAGUACCUGCGCACCGACAUGAAGAUGGUGUUUCGCGAGGGCCGUACGAAAGCUGUGGGUACCGUCACACAGCUGUUCCUGCAGACUGGAAACAACAAUAGCUCGGCUGGCGCCACCAACAACCAUUACACUCGGCACCAACGGUCUGGCAAGAAAUCGCAUCAAGACGGGAGCGGUCAGGCGGGAAGGUCGCAGAACGAUUCACAGAAACAGAACAAGAAGGGGCGUCGACCGAGAAACCACAGAUCGCCAUAUUACUACAAUCAGCAGCAGCAGCAUUCGACGGUGUCAAUGACAGCAGCAAGCGACGGCUCUUUGACGACAGGUGACCCUGCUGCAACAUCUACGGCUUCUGCUUUGUCCUCGUUAUCAUUAACAUCAAUUAGCAACACCACUGCUGCUGGUGCUGCCACAACAGCGACUGCGCUUCACUCGGAUGUUGACAUGGAUUUCAGCUCCUCAUCCCCUUCCUCACCUUCUAUUCCAGCAUCUACAGUACCACGCGCUUGAUUUUACGCAUAUCAUACACACACACACACACACACACACACACAAGCACACGCACACACACAUGCAUUCAAAGACACAUGUAUAUGUAUAUAACUAUACACACAUACACACAUGUAAUAUAUAUGUAUAUAUA